AUCGCCCACUUUGGGAACACUCCGAGGCUGCCGCCAUCUUUUCCUUCGGCUCCACUGCUGCCUGCCCCGCAGUCCUGCUUCUGCACGACCGGCCAUGACGACCGCGCAGCUCUCCCAGGUACUUCAGAACUACCACCCCGACUGCGAUGCCGCUGUCAACGUCCAGAUCAACUUGGAGCUCUACGCCUCCUACGUGUACCUGUCGAUGGCCUAUUACUUCGAUCGGGAGGACGUGGCCCUGAAGCAGUUCUCCCAGUUUUUCUUGCAGCUGUCGUGCGAGGAGAGAGAGCAUGCCGAGGGGCUGAUAGAGCUGCAGAACGUGCGCGGAGGCCACUUCUGCCUCCGUCUCCGCAAUAUCAGGAAGCCAGACUGCGAGGACUGGGAGAGUGGCCUGAAGGCCAUGGAGUGCGCCCUGCACCUGGAGAAGUGCGUCAACCAGAGCUUGCUUGAUCUGCACCAGCUGGCCACCGACAAGAACGACGCCCACCUGUGCGACUUCCUGGAGAGUCACCACCUGAAGGAGCAGGUCAAGUUCAUCAAAGAGUUGAGUGGCCAUAUCACCAACCUGCGCAAGAUGGGGGCCCCAGAAAACGGCAUGGCAGAGUACCUCUUCGACAAGCUCACCCUGGGUGACGGCAAUAAGAACUGAGUUUGGACUGCCUUCCCCAUAGCCACAGGGUGACUUCCACUGGUCACCUUGCUGUGCAUGCAUAUUGCAGUAUUGCCCUUUGCAAAACGUUCACUUAAGUUUUUUUCUUCCGGUUUUGCUGUUUCUUCCAAUAAAGUUAUGUGGUUCCUAAAU